AAUCAUUAAAACCUCAUCACAAUUCAAAUAAGUAUCAAGUUUGGAAUUUUCUUUAUGCUUUUGUUCAAAAUAAUCCUGAAACUGCUUUUAUGUCAUCAAAUUUCUAUGAUUGGGUACUUACAAAAUUUGGUCCAGACGCGCAAAUCACAAAACUUUGUUUUGAAGACAUAUUAAAAGCUCGC